AUGUCAAAAACAGAUCACGAUUCCGACAGCGACGUUUCCGAACUCGAUGCCAAAGAGUUGAGCCAAGCCCUCUCGACAGACCAAUGGGCUCCCAUGUUGGGCUACUGCGAAGAUCCAGAAACACCUUUGACCGCUGACACUUUUCCAAGCAAAUCAGGCGGCAAACCAGCAUGGUUGAAUCCCGAAACGAUAUUGGAAGCCGAGCAAGUUACUUGUCGUAACUGUGAACAGCCCAUGGUAUUACUUUUGCAGCUUUAUACGCCUGAAGAUCAACCUGCCGAAGCAUUCCAUCGUAUGGUUUAUGUGUUUUGCUGUAAGGAUGGUGGAUGUAUCAAACAAGAUUGGACCGGAAGUUUCAAGGUUUUCCGAAGCCAAUUACCACGUGAAAACCCAUAUUAUCCACCACCUGAAGAUGAAGAUGAAGAAGAUAACGACGUUGCGAUUGAUUUCUCACCCGAGCAAUUCACUCCACCCAAGCAAUGUGUGAUUUGUGGUUUGGCAGCCAACAAAAUGUGUGGAAAAUGCCACUCAGCGCAUUACUGCUCAAGGCAACACCAGCUUGUGGAUUGGAAUUCGUGUCGACACAAGGAUUAUUGUAAUGCGAGCAACAACGAUGAUGACUCAACCGCUCAGUUGCGCGCAUCAAGAUUGUUCCCAGAAAAGGAAAUUGUGAGUGAAGCUGAAGGUCGUGGAGAGGAUGGCGAAGAGGAAGAUGCACAAAAAGCACAUACAGCAAGUCAACAACAGGGAGGGACACUCUCAGGAGAAACGGCGCUGGCGCUGCGAGGUGAUGAAACCUAUGAAGAUUCCAAGGUGGAUGUGGAUGAUGCAUUUCUAAAGUUCCAAAUCAAGAUUGGUUUAUAUCCUGAUCAAGUGCUUCGUUAUGAACGUGUGGAAUAUGAUAUGCCUGAUCGUGAACCUUUAUGGGUACAAGGCGGAUGCAAGCCAUCUUUGGUUCCUGAUUGCGAGUGCUGUGGUGGCCCACGUACUUUUGAAUUCCAGAUCCUCUCGACUCUUAUCAACUUUUUGGAUAUCACACCUGAUGCAAAUGAUGCACUCGAUUGGGGAUCAUUGUACAUUUACACCUGCAAGCACAAUUGUCCUAUUGGUGAUAACGUGUUCGCAUCCGAAUACCUUUGGAAGCAAGAUUUCUCCACCGAUGGCAUGGAUUUGAACAAGACUGCAUCACGUUACUUAUAA